GGUUUAGUUUAGCAUUGUGUCAGGACUAAAACAUUGAUUUGAAAAUGGGCACGAGAUCAGCGGAUUUGCUAUUAAAUUAAACCAAAUUUUACUUAGCUGUUUAUAAGCUAGACACGAUAAGCUGUCUGAAUUGAGUUUGGUGUGCUAACCCGAUGGUCUGAUGACAUCACAUCACGUUGCCACCUUUAAUGUCUGACUUCUGUAGGAUUCGAUCUGUUAUAUGAUCAACAUAAAAAUGCUUUGUUGUGCCACUUAAAGGAUGUUAUAAGAUCUAAACCCACAGCAAAACAAACUAAUCCUGUUGUGCUGGAAUCUCAAUAGUUUGAAAAGCAUACGUGGUCUAGUUGCACAAGGCAAGAUGGCAGACUGAUAAUCAAGCCUGAUGACUCACUUUACUCAACCAACCCAACUACACAAGUCACAAAAGUUAGAAGUCCUUUAAUUAAACAGUGUCUGGUUUAGUGUUGAGCCAUUUAUUUCCAACAGACCUGUACACAGUCUUCUAAAGGUUGAAGAUUUACUGAACGGUGGACAAUGGAACAGGACAGCAACUCAGAGGAUGACUCAGUUGGCCCAGCAGAAGAUGAUGCACAGCCUACAUUUCCUCACGGACUCUCGGACUCUGAGGCAGUGGAAGUAUUGUGGCAAGUGCGUACCCAGCGGCGGCAGACGGAGCCUGAUCUGCCGGACACUGUGACACGUCUCACCACACCUGAGGGCAGUAUUGUGUACCUGGUUGGCACCGCCCACUUCAGCGACAGCAGCAAGAAGGAUGUUGCCACUACGAUCCGAGCAGUCCAGCCAGAUGUGGUGGUGGUGGAGCUAUGCCAAUAUAGAGUAUCCAUGCUUAAGAUGGAUGAGAAAACGCUGCUAAAAGAGGCUAAAGACAUUAACUUGGAGAAGGUCCAGCAAGCCAUUAAACAGAAUGGAGUGAUGUCUGGCCUCAUGCAGAUCUUGCUGCUCAAAGUCUCGGCUCACAUUACAGAACAGCUGGGCAUGGCCCCCGGAGGAGAGUUUAGAGAAGCCUUUAAGGAGGCAGGAAAAGUGCCCUUCUGUAAAUUUCAUCUUGGGGAUCGGCCGAUUCCAGUAACCUUUAAGCGUGCAAUAGCUGCUCUCAGCCUGUGGCAGAAAGCUCGUCUGGCCUGGGGCCUGUGCUUCCUCUCUGACCCCAUCAGCAAGGAGGAUGUAGAGAAGUGCAAACAAAAGGAUCUUCUGGAGCAGACCAUGUCAGAAAUGAUCGGCGAGUUUCCAGCCCUCCACCGCACUAUUGUUGCAGAACGAGACAUCUACCUCACACACACACUUAGACAAGCAGCGCGCUGUGUGGAGGCGCCUCCUAAUGCUGAGAAAGUGCCUGCUGUGGUGGUUGGAGUGGUCGGGAUGGGUCAUGUUCCUGGAAUUGAGAGGAACUGGGAUAAAGAGCUCAAUAUUCAUGAGAUCAUGAGCGUGGCUCCACCAUCUCGCUUUGCCUGGGUAGUACGCAACGUGUUGAAGGGAGCCAUGUGGGGGCUUCUGGGUUACACCUGCUUCCGUGCCAGCAAGGGUGUUGGGAGGGCAUUACUCUCUUUCCCAACAGUCCAAUCGUUUCUUGAAAAUGUACAGAAACCUUCUGUUUGACCCCUCUUUUAUUGGCGCAGACUUUUCCGCAGUGAGAUGUCACACUGAACACCAAUAGCCUUAACUACAGGAUGGUGGUUGGGUAAACGGGAAGAAUAGAGGCAAACAUCUUCUCCAUCUCAUAUGAGAUAAACAAUGUGGUGGAAGCUUUUGACUAGCUCUCUACCUCCUCAACUCUCUGUCCAUCUGCUCUGUGUACCUGUGGAGGCAGAGAUGUACUGCCAAAGAAAUCAGACCGUGCUUUCUUUCCCCAUUUCCUCAUUCUUAAAGUAUGACCUAUGAGGAAAUUAACUGCAGCAGGAUUUCCCACUUUAUCAUUCAACUUGAAUUGAAGGUUCUUUUUUUUUUUUUUUUUUUUUUUUGGGCCGUGAUUUAUUCUUUUGGUUGAUUCCUGCAAGUGGUUGAUGCAUUUUGUUUCCCAGCAGGUGGCGUUCAGCAGUCUGCGACCUACCAAUUUGUAGUUGUAAUAAUUAAUUUGCAGCCGCCUUUUUUAUCAAUGGAACAGUAUCCCAGAAAAACCUGGAUUGUGCAAUAGGACCAUUUGUGAAGAAGAGCAUAACUAUAGAUUUUAUUGAAAGUAUGACUUGAUAAAAACAUGUAAUGCACAUUGGAAAAAUUAUGACCAAAAUAUUUGUGGUUUCAUUGAUUGAAUUUAUAUGUUUCUGACAAAAAGGCUUAAAAUGAGUGAAACUGAAACAACCGUGCAGUGUUUUAAGAGCUUCAAGUCACAUUGGAUGCUUGGGUGCUUGGUCUUUCAAGUUACCGGAUAAGCCCAACAUAAAUUUUGCCCUGGGUACCCUUUUAAGUGCCUUUUACUACAUGACCUGGACAGGGCUAAAAGAAACCGAGACCGAUCAGGAUGUUUUGCUCUCACUCCAUAUGGUCAUAAUAAAUGGUACUAUUAAAUCUGGAGUCCACUGUUUCACUCACACAUUUUCAUAAUUGGUUCUUGCUAAUGGAAUGGUUUCUAGCAAUUAUUAAAUUAUUAACUAGUGGAUUAUUUAAUAAAUUAGACAAGCUGCAUGUGUUUAUUCAAUAUUUUGUUGUAAGAAAAGAUAUCCAAUCAAUUUAUCCGAAACAAACAGCUGUUCCCCCGAAUUUAAGUAUUUUUCAUUACUGUCUUUUGCUGCUGUUCAUAGAAGCUGAGUUGCAUAAAGGUUAAUUUCACGUAUUGGAAACAAAUUAAUGUUAACGCUUACAGUAUGAUAUUACUCUAACACGCAGAAUGAAAUAUGACCUUUUUAUAUAUAUUUUUUAUUCAUUCUACAUAAUUCACCACUUACUCAAAAGUCAUGAGUCACAUGAGAACAUCAAAAUGACUUGAAACUAUAAGUGCAGAAUAAACAAAUACAAGAAACUAAGAGAAAGUGUAGAGUACCAUUAAAGAAAGUAAAGUUGACAAGAAAAUGCUUUUAAUGGAAAAGACAUCAGCAUGGGCCAUCAGGCCUCAAUUAGAGAACCAUUAUUUUUAUGGAUGGAUGUAGGAAAAGUGUUUCUGCUAUUUGUGUGCUUGCAUUUAUUCAUUUGUCUGUCAAAUGAAUAAAUGUAAAGCCUUUUAGAAUUGGAAUUGCUGGUUCACAUGUUGACUUUGUUUUUCCAUGUAGCUUUUUACAACUGUGUCUUAUAGGGUGACUGAAAAUCUAUUUUAAAUGUGGCGUCUAGGUCACAGGCACAUUUGAAGCACAUGACACUCGAGUGUGGUGAGGAAUGCUUAUGCCUUCUGUUGUUCUUUUAAAUGUUUAGAUGCUGAAUGGAAAUGGUUCUGUUUUGAACUAUAGUGGGCUCAAAUUAAGAUGUGACUAAAGCUUUGCAUGCAUGCCUUGUGCUUUUACAGGUAUGCUGGAGAAGGAAAUGACUAUAUGGAUGUAUCUGCAUGAUUUCUUGUGUAGAUGAUUUGUUGGGAUUAUUUAAUUUUAGUUUUUAAAACAUUGUAAUGAUUUUAAAUAUAUAUUAGCAUUCUGAGAUA